GACAGCGGGCACCGCGUCAUCUGGCAAGGCAGUGGGCUCCGAGUCAACAGGCACGACAGUGGGCACCGGGUCAUCAGGUACCGGAUUGUCUGGCUUGACAGCGGGGGCACCGGGUCACCAGGUAUGACAGCGGGCACUGGGUCACCAGGCAUCAGGUCAUUUGGCUCGCCAGCGGGCACCGCGUCAUCUGGCAAGGCAGUGGGCACCGAGUCACCAGGUACCGGAUCAUCUGGAUCAACAGCGGGCAUCGAGUCAACUGGCCUAAUAGGAUCGUCAGGCUGGAUCAGUUCAUCAUGCUGGGUAGAGGCAUCAGGC